AUGAAUAAUAACAACACAACCACAGCAUCAUCGGAUGCUAUUCAACAAAGGCGACGAAUGGUUCCAAAUUAUUCGCUUCUCUAUUUAGAUGAAUGUACGGGUGAAGCGAACCAAGAAUAUCAAGAUAUUUUAACGCAAUUAAAAACAAUUACUGGCAAUGUUAAUAUCUUUAAGCAGCGAGACGAAUGCAUUGACUUUCUUACAGAUACUCAAGAAAACAUAAAAUCUUUUCUCGUUCUUGAGAGCACUAUCGCUCAACAAAUGAUACCCCUUAUCCAUGAUAUUCCUGAGCUGAAUGCUGUUUAUAUUUUCAAUAGCAUUAAAUCCUUACAUGAAGAAUGGACCAGUAAUUGGCAAAAAAUCAAAAGCGUUCGUACCAACAUCAAAGACCUGUGCCAAGCAUUACAACCGAAUGUCAAGCGACGCAAUCAAGAUUCGAUUGCUUUGAGUUUUGUCACUGCAAAUGAAAUAGCUUCGACUGAUAAUUUAAAUCAAUUGGAACCAGCAUUUAUGUAUACUCAGAUAUUCAAGGAAAUCAUUCUCGAUAUGGACCAUAGUAAACGGGCCAUUAAACAGUUUAUUGCUUAUUGUCGGCAUAAUGACUGCGUGUCGCUAACCAAUAUUGACCGUUUUGAGAAAGAAUACAACGCUCAAUCAGCUAUUUGGUGGUAUACUUUCCCAUGCAAUAUCUAUGAUAUGAUUAACUAUGCUCUUCGAAUACUAGAUGCCGAUAUAAUCAUUAAUAUGGGCUUCUUUCUACGUGAUGUGCAUAAGCAGAUUCAACAGCUGUACGAGCAACAGGUCAGCAUUUAUGGUAGAGAAACUUUUAUGGUUUAUCGAGGACAAGGUCUUAUGCAAUCAGACUUUGAAAAGCUUCAGAAAACAAAAGGUGGAUUAAUGUCAUUUAGCAAUUUCGUAUCUACCAGUACAAAUAAAGAAGUGUCCCUUGGUUUUGCUCAACCUGCUUCAAUAGAACCAAAUAAGGUCGGUAUUCUUUUUAUAAUGUCCAUUGAUCCUUCUAUUAAAUCAGCACCAUUUGCCUCCAUCAAAGAGAUGAGUUAUUAUAAGGACGAAGAUGAAGUUCUCUUCUCGAUGAACACUGUCUUUCGAGUAGGUGCAAUUAAACAAAUAGAUAAUAUCAAUCAACUUUAUCAAGUUGAACUACAAUUAACAUCGGAUGAUGACCAACAACUACGAUUACUUACUGAUCGGAUGCGAGAAGAAGCUGAUGGUAAUACUGGAUGGGAAAGAUUGGGUAAAUUAUUGAUUACAGUUGGUCAAUUUAAUAAAGCUGAAGAGAUUUAUAAUGUAUUACUCAAACAGACAUCUGAUGAGGGUGAAAAAGCGUUUUAUUAUAAUCAGCUUGGAGGUGUCCAUUUGAAUCAACGUGAUUAUGAAAAGGCUAUUUGGUAUAACGAAAAAGGACUUGAAAUUUGUAAAAAAACUCUCCCUUCAAAUCAUCCUUCUUUGGCUACUUCAUACAACAACAUCGGUUUGGCGUAUCACUGCAUGGGAGAGUACCCGAAAGCACUUUCAUCUCACGCAAAAGCACAUGAAAUGUAUAAAAAAACUCUUCCUUCAAAUCAUCCUUCUUUGGCGCAGUCAUACAACAACAUCGCUGCUGUUUAUGAUAGCAUGAAGGAGUACUCGAAUGCACUUUCAUUACACGAAAAAGCAGUUGAAAUUCGACAAAAAAGUCUUCCUUCAAAUCAUCCUGAUUUGGCUGCUUCAUACAACAACAUCGGUGGUGUGUAUGACAACAUGGGAGAGUACACGAAAGCACUUUCAUUUUACGAAAAAGACCUUGGAAUUAAAGAAAAAACUCUUCCUUCAAAUCAUCCUCAUUUGGCUACUUCAUACAACAACAUCGGUUUUGUGUAUAACAAUAUGAAAAACUAUUCGAAAGCACUUUCAUAUUAUGAACGUGCUCUGAAAAUAUGGCAACGUGCAUUACCUCCGAGUCAUCCUCGUAUUAAAAAUAUGAAAGAGUACAUCGAAAUUGUCAAAAAAAAUUAUAAAGAAUAG